AGCUGUCAGCGAGCGUGAUUAGACCGAUAAAACGAAAUCAAUAGAGCAAAGGCGUACCAUGAACACACUGGCGGAUGCUUUUAGCCGAGUCAAACCGUUAUUCGAAACGGUGUUGCACACCCCGAACGUGGUUGAGUUCCGGCGGCUAAAAGAGAUGCUCGGUAAGAUCGAUGGGCGCCGGAUGCAGUUAAAGCAAAACAUUUUGAAGGAGCACUUAGUCACUCUUUUGGAUAAGCUUUCCGACAGGAAGAGAAACGAAAUCAAGACGUCCCUGUUGGAGUGUCUUUGUAGCAUUGUGGUAAAGUGUAAAUUGCACCCAGUUGUGGCCAUGACAAUCAUGUUGAUUGUACUGCUGAAGAUAGUUUACGAUAUUAGCGGGGGAAAACUGGUGGACGGGCUUCCGAAGGAUAUCAAUUUGGCCUCACUGAAGACCCUUGCUGUGACUUCAAACAUCAUCGAAACGGCACUGGCGGAACAAAUUAACGUUAGAGAAAAUCUGAGCCCGAUUUUGAACGUUCUGCAAGUAUGCGUUAAUUUACUAGCGACCGAGCUGCUGGAUAACCGUUGGUUUGUAGUCUCUCGCGUAUUUUACCAAUUUGUUUCCCGCUGUCGGGAGCGUUUGGGAUGGACCGAAAAUCCGUUGCUGAUGAUUUCGAAGCUUUGAUUUUGAUUUUGCAGCGCUUUGAAUCAUUUCCCGAUGGGCAACCAACAAACCGCUGCGCGGUAAGAUUGGUCUUUGGAUAUAAGUUAUGUGUUUGAGGCUUAAAAAAUAAAUGCCUAGAUGUUUAUUUUUUUAUUA